AUGCCAUCAUUCGCGCAAAAGCAUCAGUUCAUUCUGCCGCAACCUGCGCAAACGGCAUCACUGGCGGGCCCGUCGUGCCCUCAAAAGAGGCGUCUGUCAAGCGUUGACGACUCACCUUCACCAGAUGCACUCAUCGCCACUGAGCAGCCCUUGAAGCGGGCCAAGCUGGAGAGCACCAACCUCGCCGUCUCUGACAUCCCUUCCAGUGUCGUCUCUGACGUACCAGCAUCCGCGUCUUUGCCUGUGCCUGUGCCUGCCGCUGUUCCAGCAGUGACUAACGACAUGGAGGACGCGCGCGACGCUAUCCAGUACCAAUUUGGUCUUGAGAUCUUGCUCAAGCACAAUGAGCUGAGGCUAAUCAACCAAGAACUGGCAAAAUGUCAGGUUGCUCUCGAGCAACUCCGUCGCUGCCAUCUCAUUCCGUAUCCUACUGCCUGUCCCACUCCUGCGCAGAUGUUGGAUAUCAGCAACGGAAAGGGUCCAGCUCUGCAAAACCGUCCGGGAGAGCCUGUCCCCCAAUGGGCUGCGCCUUUUGGAGUUGUCGAUGGACCUUACGCUCGACACUACGCCAAGUGGCUCAUCCCCGAUAUCAAGUUUGAUGGCAUGCAACCUGAGUGGUACCCAGUGCUUGAGACUGCCCGUAGCAGAAGCUCAGUUGAGGGACGAACGACAAGGAACAGCAUGUCUGAUCUCGCCAGCGCAAACAAGAACCGCUCGACUCGGGGUAUUGGCAGCCAGAAGCUGCAGUCUCUCUCCAGCGGCUACCCUCAGCCAAAGGAGAAGGCCGGACCUUGUGUUCUCAAGCGCUCCGACGGCCAGACUGUGAAGCUCGUCUGCUUGGAUUGCAAUCGGGAGAACUUCAGCAGCACUCAGGGCUUCAUCAACCACUGCCGCAUCGCCCAUAGGCGAGACUUCAAGAGCCACGAAGAGGCGGCUGUUCAUUGCGGUCACCCCAUCGAGGUUAACGAAGGCGGCAGUCUUGUUGGAGAGGAAAAGGCUCCGCCUCCCCCAUCAACCGCCAUCGCGUCUGGUCUCGUCCAUCCUUUUGCCCAGACCGACAUGUCCACCCAACAGGCGUACGUUGCUUUGCGUUCUAGGAUCGCAGAUUCCCUCAAGUUGUAUCGUGAUGGCAAGCUGCCUGGCGUUACAAGCAUCCCUCAAAGUACUUCAAAGGCAGAGCCUGCGAGGUCCGCUGCGCCAAAGGCUGGAAACUUCGUCGCCUCGGCUGACACCCCCUUCCUUUCGCGACUCAUGCAGAGCAGAAACUUCACCGGCAACCUCAGUGACAUUGUCAGUGACGCCAAGGAGAAGAUGUCGCUUGAAGACCUCACAUCGCCAGGUGAGGAAUCGGAAGAUAUCGAGACUGGUCUCGGCAGCCCGAAGAGCAAUGCUGGAUCAGCUGCUCGUAUGCCUGCCAUGCGCAUGCCUGCGAGAGCACCAAUGUCACCCGUCACUCUGACUUCGUCGACAAGACCAACAAGCAGCAAGGGAAGGUCGCCUUCUACAGGCUUUGCUUCGCCUCCCAUGAGCAGUCCCGAGAAGGACGACGGACCCACCAGGGUAGUAAUACACUCUGGUGAGGAUGUUGACAUGGAGGACGUUGACCUCAGCCCCAGCACAAUGGUCAGCAACAACGCACCUUCGCUUGUCAGCGACGAUGGCGAAUAUGAUGACUCCGAUGACGGGUCGUCCGAAUCAGGUGUCAGCGACCGCAUGGAUGCCGAGUCGGUGUCUGACGUUGCUGAGAUCACACUUGAUGAGGAUCACGAUGGACGCCCUCUUGGUCAUCACAGGGAGUCUAGCGGAGUCGGUUCCGGUACUGCGAUGCGUCUCAAGAAGGAUGAGAACAAGCAUGUCACUUUCGUUAGCCCUGUCCACGACAGCGCGAAGCGAGCCCGAAAAGUUUAG